AUGGAUGCACUCAAUGCAUUUAUGAAAUAUAUGAAGUAUCUGAGUUUCCUUUCUUCACCACUGGGAUUGAACGUUUUUGCUUCUGAAUACCGAACCGGAAUAAGAACCUACAUAUCCUACCUGGUGCUGAUUGUCUAUGUGAUUCUUACCGUAAAUUCUAUUAUCAUUGCGACCGAAGGCACCGAUAUACUAAAGGCUCUCUCAUUUGGAGGAUUUUUCUUUCAAUGUGCGUUGAAAAUAUAUUUUACGCUUUCUCGUUCCGAACUGUACUAUCAAAACCACGAACAACUUAAGAAAUAUAUUUACCUAAGGCAUUUGAAUGGUGAUGAAAAACAGAAAGCUGUCGUGUUGAAGAACAUUACGUUAUUACUAAAUUUGGUGAAAGUAACUACUGUGCUGUAUUUGUCAACCAUUUUGCUGUUUUCUGCAUAUCCGGUUUACAUGUACGUAUUUGAAAAAACUGUUAUCACCAUGUUUCCACUUUACAUUCCUGGAGUAAGCACUGAAUCAAUUCUCGGUUAUUGGAUGACAAACAGUUUCCAUAUUUUAUUUGCAAUAUAUGGCCUGUUUGGCGCUUUGGCAUCAGACACUGCCUUUAUGAUGUUCAUAUUUCAUAUUGUAAGCUAUACUGAAUUAUUUGCAAUCGAAUUUGAUAAAUUUGCGGAAGAUUUGACUUUAAUCCAAAAUGAUGCCGAUUCCAAAAAUCAUAGUGAUUUUUGUCACACGCAAAUGCGACAAAUAAUUAGUAGCCAUCAAGAAAUUUUGGCGUAUCUUAAAUCGCUUCAAGUUUGUUACGAGAAUAUCUGCAAAACGCAGGUCGGAACAACUGUGAUGACGCUUUCGUUUAACUUGUUUCUUGCAUUGGUGACGGACUGGUAUGCCACGUACGGUUUUGCGACUGCAUCACUAUUCCAAAUGUUUAUUUAUUCUGUAUUGGGAACUAUAAUGCAGCUGAUGAAUGAACGAGUUAUGGGAAUGAUUUACGAUUUUCCUUGGCACCUGCUAACAAACUCCGAGAGGCGGUCCUUUACAUUUUUAUUGAGACGUAGUCAGCUUUUCAUCGAAAUGCACAUUCGUGGUUUUGGUCCUUUGAAUAUGGAAGCUUUCACCGAAAUUAUGCGGCUAAUUUAUUCAUCGUUUACUAUGCUCUAUAGUUUUCUAACCGAGCAAGAACUGUAG